AUGCCUCUCAAGUCGCAAGUGUCUGUUGAAGAUGCUGUUAAUGUGUUAAUACGACACAUUAGUUAUUUUGCAUCAGAAAAAUUACCGGAAUGGUCUUCAGAUAUAUGGCAGGUUUUAGCCAAAGAAAAAGAAUUUCAAGAUAAAUGGAACGCGAAUAGCGUACGAACAAAUGUUAGAAAUGAUCGACGAGGAAUUUUGACCAAAGCACGCCAGGAAUGUGGACUCUUCAUUUCAAAUCAAAAUACAAAUGUUGACAAUGGUGACGACUGUGAUGAUGACGAAAAUAGUUUAAGUGACGAAGAUGAUGAUAAACGUGAUCCGGAUUAUUUUAAUCAUGUAUAUUCUGAUAUGAAAGACAAAAUGGAAACUUUUGAAUUAAUUUUUUCCAGACAAUUAUGGGAUUCAAUUAAUAAACAUACUCCUCUGAUUGAAAAUAAACAGACUGGAGCUGGAUUUCAACCAAAAGUUUGGACGGAUACGAUCGCAUUCGAGUUAUGGAAACAGUAUCGACUUCAAUGUGCAUUUAUUUUUAAAAAAGGUUCCAUUCACGAACAUGGGCACUAUUAUGCCACAAUGACUGGCCACUGUAAAAGCAAAUUAUGUCAAAACUUCCUGUUUGGCUAUGUAGAAAAUGAUCCAGGAGAUGAAGGUGAUGUGAUAAUUAAAAUUAAUUGUUGUGACACAAGGUUCACAAAGCACGAGAAUUAUAGAAGACCACUUAGAGGACAAAAAAGAGACGAAAUGAAGAAAGAAGUGAAAGAAAAAGGUGUUAAAGGAGCUGUACACGAUGCUGCUCAAAAACUUCUUAAGCCAGGUGAUACUCAUUGUCCGGUUAUGAGUAAACCCAACGUUUUAUAUCAACUAAAAAAGGAGACUAUUGAAGAUAAUUUUGGUGUAGAUCCAAAAGAUCGACAAGAUCUGAUAAAGACACUACUGUCUAUUGAUCAAAGUCCUAUAUACCUUCAUUCUAUGAGGGUCGUAAGUACUAAGCCGUUUUAUGUAGUUUAUGCUACUCCGUCUCAAAUACAUUGCUACCGAGAAUACCGUCGAUUGCAUCGAAACUGGUCAUCAGUUUAUAUCGAUGCAACUGGAGGAGCAGCAAAAAAGUUUGAUUACAAUAACAAUCGUACAAGUGCGAUAUUUUUGUACGAAAUUGUCAUCAAUUUUUCCGGUACUUCCGUAUCCGUUUUUCAGGUGCUAUCAGAGGUUCAUGAUGCUGAUUAUAUUACCAUAUGGCUGAAAAAAUGGUUACGAGAAGUUAAGCUACCCCCUCAUGAAGUUGUAAGUGAUGGUUCACGUGCACUUCUUAACGCAGUCUCUUUAGCAUUCAAUAAUCGUUCAUUGUCAGAUUACAAUGAAUUAUGUUUUAAUAACAUAAAAGGCACAACUACAAUUCAGCCUAAUACAUACAUUAGAUUGGAUACUGCUCAUUUUAUUCAUGCAGUUAGUUUAUGGAAAUGCUGGAAAUCUGUAACUCAUAAAAAUGUUAAAUCAUUUUAUUUAUAUUGUAUUGCUUUACUCAUUGAAUGUAAUAAGUGGGAAGAGAUGGAACGAAUUUUAAUAUUAAUGCUUAUUAUUUGUUGUACAGAAUAUGAGGAUACAGUAAUAAGUUAUCGUGAAGAAGAAAUUACACCACGAGACGCUCGAGUUGAGUUAGAAACUCUUAUUGGCAACCGAAAAAUUAAGGUAAUGGUUGAGGAUAUAGAAGAAAAAAUAAAAUCAAUGGAUAUCGAUUCUGACAAGAAAGAUUUAUUAAAUGAUAAUUUGUUUAGUGUAAGCGACGAUAAUCUUACCAUAGCAUCAUGGGCAAGUCAUCUUACAUCAUAUCCUACUAAUAUUUUACUUACUGGUAACACGUUAAAUUGUUUCUACGUUCCGCUUUUCAAGGAUCCAUUAAUAAAAAAUGUCAAGGAAUUUCCUCUAUGGACCAAAGUUUGUAUUCCAUCUAAUAAGUUGCGACCUUCAUCUUCUUACAUAGAAGAAGAUUUCAAAGACUUAAAAAAAGUCUUAGCAAAACAAAUUACUCUUCCAGCAAGGAUCGAUAUUUUUGUAAAAGCUCAUAUGAAAUAUUUACUGGGUGGUGUUAUUAUCCUACAAAACAAGUUCACUCAAUUUGUAGAUAAUAACAUUGAUGAUUGUACCAUGUCAAUCGAGGAUUCAAAUCUUCAUGAUGAAAAGUUUGAAGAAGACGUACAAAAUGAUGAAGAAUUCCAAGACAGUUUACAAAAUGAAAAUUGGCGAGGAUUAGGAAAUGAUCCAAAACACGCAAAGAACGACUGGGCAAACUACGAUAAUAAUGAUAAUCAAAAUGAUUCUGAUGAGAAUUCAAAAGCCGAUGGUACUGAGAGUGAAAAAUUACAUUCAGUUUUAGAAAUUGAUGAGGAUGAAAUUGAAAUAAAUGUAAGUGAAUCAAUAAAAAAUGAUCACGAUUAUACAGUCAUAGCAAGUACUCCAUUAAGUAACAGAAUUGAUAAUAAUAAUAAAUUAGAUAAUGCUAUUGACAAAGUUAGUAGGAAAAUUAAAAAAGAAGGUAAAUAUUUUCAAGAUUGCCCGGAGAUAAAAUUAAUAAACGAUUUGAUUAAAUUAAAAAAGAAUAAAGAAAAUAUUCCAACCAUACAGAAAAAAGGAAAACACAAAGAAACUUAUUUAUUGAUAAAUGGAAAUAAAAGUGGACCAGUUCUCUACCAGGGGAUACACUAUAUUGCUUAUAAUACUUGUCCUUUGGACAGUAUUAUACAAAUACUUUAUAAUGGAGCACUCGAGAAUCAAAGUUUUACAGAUUAUUUAAGUAGCUCCAAAAAUCCAGCUUUUAUACUUACCAUGAACUUAUUGAAAAAAGGCGUUAAUAAUAAUCCAAAAAUUUAUGAGAAGCGCUUUUCCAUUCUUCAUCAAUUUUAUAAAGCAUUAGAACCAUCGCAAAAAGAACAAGGGGCUGAAGAAAAAAAUAAUAAAACAACUACAGUAUCUCGAGUAAUCGAUUGUGAAGAUAACGUAACCAGCUUGUGGAAUAAAUUGUUUAAAGAUGACCCUAGUUUAAUUGAAAUUUUUACUUGUGUAUCACAGAACUGUAGUUAUCAGUUGAAGAAGCCAACAUUAGGUGUUAAUUAUCAAACUCUGCUGAAUAAUGGGAUCAAGGAUUUGCAAAAUGCUUUAAUUUUUCACGGUACUUUUAAAAGGUUUUGUCCAGUUUGUAGUAACGAACAAACUUGUGAACAAAAACCUAACGUGUAUAUUUAUAUUGAAUUAGAUGUCAGAAUGCGUAACGAAGUUCAAGGUUUAUCAUGCAAAUUAAGAGAUAUUCCAAUAAUUUUAAAUAUUCAAGAGAAUUCAAUAAAAACCUUACGCUAUCGUUUAUGUGGAGCUAUUGGAUAUAAUGCACGUCAUUAUAUCGCUUAUUGUCGAAGAUUGUCUGGAAGAUGGCGGUUCUACAACGACUUAUUAUCAGCAUCAGAAGCAAUUGGCAAUCAUACUUCAAUCGUGCCCCAUGGAGUAUUUUAUUUAUUAGAUAAGUCAUAA